CAAGUAUAAGACGCUAGCACCUGCCGAUUGAACCCAUUUCGAAGUUCUUGUUCGUUCUUGAUUCAUCCGCUUUUGCCGUGAUCUUGACAUUGCAUUUUCAGGACGAAGAAGUGCGGUGUGUUCGCUCGCAGUGUGUUGUGUUUAACGAGUGAGUUCAACGCCUGCUAAGGACAGACGCCUUUUCACAGGAGGUCUUUGAUUUUAGAUUGAAAGAUGCACAAUUCCAAUAUAUUAGCGAUAUGUCUAGUUCUAGUCUUAAUAAAUUCAUAUGGAGCACUAGCGCGAAUAGCCUUCGAAAAACUCACAGACUUCGACUACCGAGGCAACACAUACUACACAGUCAAAAACCUUAGCCUUUACGAAUGCCAGGGAUGGUGUCGAGAAGAACCCGACUGUCAAGCGGCGGCAUUCAGUUUCGUUUUGAACCCGCUGAUACCCAUCCAAGAAACACUGUGCCAACUUCAAAACGAAACGUCGUCGAACAAUCCCUCUGCUACGCCACAAAGAGCAGCCAACAUGUACUACAUGACGAAGCUGCAGCUGAGAUCGGAGAAUAUUUGCCUCAGGCCUUGGGCUUUUGAAAGAGUGCCAAAUAAGAUGAUCAGGGGAUUGGAUAACGCUUUGAUUUAUACGUCUACAAAAGAGGCCUGUCUUGCUGCAUGUCUAAAUGAGCACCGAUUCACCUGCCGAUCAGCCGAAUACAACUACGUCACCCUUCAGUGUCAACUGAGCGACACGGACCGCCGAACCUCGGGCCAAUUUGUGCAGUUCGUUGACGCCCAAGGAGUCGACUACUUCGAAAACUUGUGUUUGAAGGGAAAUCAAGCGUGUAAAGGAAAUCGUAACUUCCAAGUGCCAAGAAUAGGAGUGGCAGAUGACAAAGUAGCUCAAUACGCUACCUUACACUAUUACACCGAUAAAGAAUUGCAAGUAACCAGUGAAGCUGCCUGUCGAUUAGCUUGCGAGAUUGAAAACGAAUUCCUCUGCAGAUCCUUCUUAUACAAGGGACCUCCAACAGGAAGCCAAUACAACUGCCAACUCUUCCACUUAGACCACAAAACAUUGCCAGAUGGUCCUAGCACAUACUUGAAUGCUGAGAGACCUCUAAUCGACAAUGGAGAACGAAUUGGUGCUUAUUUUGAAAACAACUGUGAAAAAGCAGCAGCUACCACGGGAGGAGCAUCGGACGGUACCUUACCGGUAGUUUUCGAAACAACAGAAGAUUCUACCCUUAACAACUUGACGAGAACUGACGUUAACUGUGAUAAAACUGGAACCUGUUACGAUGUCUCGGUUAACUGCAAAGACACCAAGAUCGCCGUCCAAGUAAGAACUAAUAAGCCUUUCAACGGCAGGAUUUAUGCUCUGGGUAGGUCUGAGACUUGCAACGUGGACGUCGCCAACAGCGAUCUCUUCCGAUUGGACCUUACGAUGACCGGACAAGACUGCAAUACUCAAUCAGUGAUCGGCGUCUACAGUAACACGGUGGUUCUACAGCAUCACAGCGUCGUAAUGACCAAGGCAGAUAAGAUCUACAAAGUGAAAUGCACCUACGAUAUGUCUUCGAAGAACAUUACAUUCGGCAUGAUGCCAAUCAGGGAUCCGGAGAUGAUAAGUAUCACUUCCGCCCCAGAGGCCCCACCACCAAGGAUCCGCAUCUUGGACAGCCGCCAAAGAGAAGUCGAAACAGUCAGGAUCGGAGAUAAACUUACCUUCAGGAUCGAAAUUCCAGAAGAUACUCCUUAUGGUAUAUUUGCAAGAAGCUGCGUAGCUAUGGCUAAGGAUUCAAAGAGCACGUUCCAAAUUAUCGAUGAUGAGGGUUGCCCAGUUGACGCUACUAUUUUCCCCGCCUUCACUCCAGAUGGUACCGCCUUACAGUCCGUAUACGAAGCCUUCAGAUUUACUGAAUCAUAUGGAGUCAUCUUCCAGUGCAACGUGAAGUACUGUCUUGGACCUUGCGAGCCGGCUGUCUGUGAAUGGGGCAGAGAAUCGCUAGAAUCAUGGGGCAGAAAGAAGAGAAGCAUUGGCAACCAAACUGAUGACGAAAAGGAAGAGGAUAUGACUCUUAGCCAAGAAAUUCUUGUACUAGACUUUGGUGAUGAGAAACAAUCAGAAUUCCUUAAAAGCGAGCUCUCCAGUGCAGAAUUUGGUAAAGAUAAAACAGUAACAAUCAUCGAACCUUGUCCAACGAAGACAUCCGUCCUAGCUCUAGGAGUCACCUGCGCCUUAUUAGUCUUACUCUACAUCAGCACCCUAUUCUGUUAUUACAUGAAGAAAUGGCUCAACCCUAGCAAACACCUCGCCUGAGAACGCCCUCUAAAAAGACUCUGUGGUGCUUAGAGAUUAUCAUGUAUACCGAAAGAAUAUUACAGAAAAAUGUAGGAGAAUCAGCCAGUUCACUAGUAAAUAAAAAACAUUGGCUGGUUCUCAUAUGUUGCCAAGUACAUAGGGCUGUCCGCUCUUAUGAAGGGAUCUGAAUCCCAUUGACUUUAGUAAUAUGACUUUGGUAGGUCAAAAAUGACAUAUUUUGACUAAAAAAUGUUUCUUUUUUAAAAAGAAUAUACGAACUUAUGGUGUCACAUUGCAAUAAAGAAGAAAUCUAGUCAAUAAAAAAUACAUAUUUUUUAAAAAUAUAAUUUUAAACAAAAUUUAAAUAGGUAUAAAUAAUACAAAGUUUUUGAUCAAUAUAUUGGCUUCUUUGCAUUCGUUAAAUUAGUAAUUUUGCUAUUGAGAAUCAUUUUUUAUGUCAAAAUAAGACAUUUUUUAUGACAUAGAUAUUUGUCGCAAUAAUCUAAUAUUAAGUAACUCAAUUUUCGGGAUGGUGAAGGGUCUGGUGAAGGGAGCUUUGUACAUCUGUGAUAUACAGGGUAACUCAAAAAUCGGAGUGAGGGAAGCAGUGCAAUAGAUAAAAGUAAUAGAAAUUGUCUAGACAGCCAGAGACUUGGUGCAUUAGGUGUUUUUUUUUAAUAAUUAUAUUGUUACAAUAAUAUGAAAUUUUUUAAAAUUUUACUAAUAAAACUUUAAAAUAUAUUUAUAUUCACAUUCGUACCCAGGUAACCAAAUAACAUUUACAAAACGUUGAAAAGACGUCAUAAUUAUCACCAAACCACUUCAGUUUAUCACGUUUUUUCGACGUCGAAAGUCACGUGAAUAUCUCCCACCAUAACUGACGUCAUUUUUAUCACGUUUUAAAUACGUGAUAUCAAAAACGUAGUUUUAUGUCGUUUUUUUAGAUUAUUUUUCAUUUUAUGGUUUUAAAACUACACAAUAAUAAUUAUUCGUAUGGGCAUUAUUGUUAUUGCAAUUUUUCAUUUAACUAUUUUAAAUUUAGCUUAUAGGCUAAAAGUAAAACCAAAUGGAAAACUUUAUAAAAUGCAUAGAAUUACAAUACCCUCAAUGCAACGUUAUAGAAUUUUCACUUUUUAAAUAGGUAGGUAUACUUACUGUGUCGAAACUGAAACACCAUAAAAACUAAUAAAUAAUUUAUUAACAAAUUAUCCAGCAUAAUAUCUUGAUUUAACGCUGUCCGUUAAAUCAAAGAGAAUCGUUAACAACACAUAAUAAUUAGUUCAUUAACAGAAAAUAAACACCAAAACAUAACCUCACACAGUUUUCAAGAAGAAUCAUUGCAUUAAACUAACUCACUUGAGAAAAACGAAUAAAAAUCUCUUAAUUAACACGUUUCUUCAACUAAAUAUCUAAAUGAAAAGUCCUAUUUUACCACACAAAGCACGUAUACAAUAAAUGAAAAAUGUCUUAUGACAAUUUAAGCUAUACACGAAAUUGUCUGGAGUCAAUAUACAACAUUAAACAUUAUAAGCAUUAACUCUUUAAGCUCCUCCCAUUUUUGUGACGUCAGACUUGGGCUGUCUGAAAUGAAAACGUGUUUUUAAACGUAUUUGAACGUCAUUAAGCUUACGUAUUUAAAAUCACCUACAAAAGAAGUUUAUACGACGUAAUGUUCAAACACGUGUAUAUAUUCAACCAAAAACUGACGUUUCCUCGACGUUAUUGACGUCACUUGGUUGCCUGGGUAGUCUCUUACUAUAUAGUUGACUUCAUCUAAUUUUGUGAGGAAGGACAAAUUUAAUGACAAAUCAUAAAUUUCGUAUACAUAGAAAAAUGAAAAUUAGAAAAGGCCAAAGUAACAAAAACAAAGUUCUGAGAUAUUCUACAAAAACAAUACAUUAUCAGUGCAGCCAUAAUUUGAUUGUUUAUAUACCUAAUAAAUUCUUUAAAAGAUAUAAUGGCAUUUAUAUUGUUGUAACAAUAGUAAAGAAUCUUAAAAAGUCAUCCAUUUAUUGAGAAUUAUAAAAAUUAUAUAAAGUCAUUUUUGAGUAGCCUGGUAUAAGGACUGCUACAUUUUGCCGUUACAGAAACAUUUUUGGCGCAUGAUCUUUUCAAAAAUAGAUAAUAGAUCUUUAUAACCAUAUAGUUAAUACUAAAAUAUAAAAAAAGAAAAAACAAAGGUUCUUUUCCUUGUUUUUUAUUUUUUAAUAUUUUUUGGAAUAGUUUGAAUUGUAUUCAGCAAUAUACGUAAAUUAAAAAGACAUAAAUAUCAGAAAUAAAAAUUAAUUUGAGGCAGCGUAAUAAAAAGAUAUUGAGUUUUUCUUUCUUUUUAAUAAGAAGAAUACAUAAAAAUUUUAUGGAUCUUAUCUGGUACUUCUUAUUUGCCAAUAGGCAACUACAAAAAAUAUCUGAAUUUAUUACCUAAUAACAAGAAAAUAAAAAGAAAAGUUAGGAAAUUUUCGAAGAUUUAUUUAAUUUAAACAAAAAUUUUUACAGUAAUAUUGGGGAGAUUAAAGAUAAUAUAUAUAAUACAUUGAUUAUAUGGUUAUUAACUUCAAAAAUAGGAUCGUUUUGUACUGGUUGCUUUGUUGUUAGACCAAAUUUUGUAACGGUGAGAUUUCAAUUUUGUUCACUUUUUUUCUAUUCCUUGUGAUUUUUCUCUUAGAUUAUUUAUUUAUUGAUGAAUUAGUGUCUUCUUGUACAUAACUGAAUUUAUUUAGAUUUUUUUUAUUUAUAUUACAAUUUUUAUGUAAUAGUACCUACAUGCCUUAAUAUUUUUAAUGAAAUAAAUACUCAGAUACUUUUUUUAA